CACUGGGCUAAGGAACUACAAACCCCGCUGUUGAAAACGACGUCAUCAACAUGUAACCAAACCGCCCCUCCGCUUCUUCCUACGUGGCGCUCGCUGCCGCCGGUGUGCCGAGGGCGCGCGUGCUCGCCGCGUGAGAAGCGGACCCUGCUGGCUCGCGCUCAGCCCUGCCGACCCGGACCGUGCGAGCGGGCUGAGAGGGGCCCGGCUCCACCCGGGGCAGCCGAGAGAAGCCCAGUUCAGCGCCCGCUCGCCCAGAUGUUGGCUGCGCCUCUCGCCUCCCGAGGCUGUGACGGGGCGGCCGCGCUGCCCUCGUUUUAAUCUGUUUUUAAACUCUGUUGUAUUUUAACUGUAACGGCGAUGAGUGUCGAGGAGGAGCACGACGACCUGUUCCCGGCGGACUGCCGCCUGUUCUCGGACUCGUUCUCGGAGGAGCGGGCGUACCGCUUCAGCGGGCAGGAGCUGCGGAUCUGCCAGGAGUUCAGCGCCAGCCUCGGCGUGGCCGCUCCGGUCUGGGAGGCGGCUCUCUGUCUGUGCCGGUACUUCGAGGAGCAGCAGUUCGACUUUGCCGGGAGGCGUGUGAUUGAGCUCGGAUCGGGGACUGGCAUUGUGGGCAUCCUGGCUGCUCGUCUGGGUGCGGCAGUGACGCUGACGGACCUCCCCCACGCUCUCCCCCAGCUGCAGCGCAACGUCUCGGCCAACCAGCCCUCCCCCUGCUGGCCCCACCCCCCCUCGGUCCGCGCGCUCAGCUGGGGGCUCGACCACGCCCACUUCCCCUCCGACUGGGACCUCGUCCUGGGGGCAGACAUCGUGUACGCGCGGGACACCUACCCGCUGCUGCUGGCCACGCUGCGCCACCUGUGCCAGCAGGGGGCAGUGCUGUACCUGGCGUCCGAGCUGCGGCAGGAGCACGGCACGCCGGAGUUCUUAACAGAGCUGCUGCCCGGGAGCUUCCACACCGAGCUGCUGCACCACGACGACCAGCUCAAUAUCAGCAUCUACCGCGGCACGCUGCGGGGCGCUGGGACACUGAGAGAGAGAGACGGGGCUCUGGGACACUGAGAGAGAGAGACGGGGCUCUGGGACACUGAGAGAGACAGG